AUGAAAGUCGUCAGAUUCUUACAGACCUGGUCUGUCUGGGGAAGCUUGAUUGUCUUUGGACUGUGUUUCCAGUCCUGCAAUUCUGAAUCGCUCCCCAACCCUCUCACCCCAGGUAGUUUACAUCGACUGGACAAUUCGACAACGGAUGAUGAACGCAAUGCAUACAGCAACAAUGCGUUGAAGACAUUUAGUGUUCGUGAUCAAAAUCGGCAAGAGUGGGAAUCUGAAAAUCGAAUAUUUUUAACUGGCCUCAUGAAGGACGACUUUACCCUUGUGAAUACAGAGACAACUCUAUACACGGGCAACAACAAUCAAAACGACAAUUACGGGCACGCCAUUGGCUGGAACCGUGAUCCUAAGCUCAUUCGAUUCCGAUGUGGAUGUAGCAGGUUGAGAGUGAAAAUGAUAGAAACAGCGUGGCUUAAUAUCAUCAUGAUGUUGAAUCGCGUCACACCUUUCAUGCAGCGUCUUCGAGAAUUAAAUCAGAACUCUGAUCCGAUUCAAGCAUUGACCGCUCAAGAUAAAUCCAGGUUAAAUCUGUUCAGAACCUUGUAUGCCGCUGAGCCACAACGUGGUCAAGCCCUCGAUCGAGUCGAAAGAAUGAGGUCAAGUAUACUUAACGCCAUGGCCUCAGAUUGGUACGCAGUUAAUUUUUGGUGUGGCGAUAUGGAUUGGAUAUUGGAUGAAGAAUACGAGAUGAUUAAAGACAAACCAAAACGCUGCGCUACACACAGUGGGGUUAAGCAGGGAAGGCAUGCUGCAUACCGUGAAAAGCCUGAUGACCAAAUGAUGUGGAGAAAUAAACAUGACAACUGGGUCACGUACACGGCAAAACGGAGUAGUUAUUGCAAACGACCUGACAGAAGCACCCAGGGUGUUAUUGCUGAUCCGUUCGCAAUUGCAAAAGGGGAUCAUAUUAUUAUUUGUAAGCAUUCUUUUACGCAGCAGUGGUCGCAGCACAUCACGUCAUUGCGCGAGAGGACGCAGUAUGAUAUAAUGAGAAAUUCCCCCACCCGUGUUCUCUAUCGUGUGACAGAUUUAAUCCCGGAAGGAGAAAUUCUCAGUGUGCUCGCCAUGUCAGAGAGUAUACAUGGUGAAAGAUUGACUAUGGACGAUGCCAACAAGUUUGCCCAACUUCUUUUAGGCCUAUACUUGGAACAGUGCAACUGGAGUUCAACGAAGUUAACUUGCCGCAGCUUCGCAAAACAAGGGGGGAAAAAGUCUCAACCUUGA